AUGGGAAACAUAAAUGAACGUCGUUCAUCGCAAUCAAACGAUGUGAGAGGAACAAAUUCGGGUGCAAAACGUUUAAGAAAAUAUCACCAGGUUGCGUUGGUUAUGCGUGAAGCAUUAUCGAAUCGCAACGAACGAUCACCAGUUCCAAAAAGACCUCGUUCAAUAUUCUCGUUGCCGUCACGUUCACCAGUUCAUUAUCAUUCGCCAUCACUUCGAUCGUUUUCGGCUGAUCAAACGAAUCUACUUUUGGAU